GUGAACUCCCGUUGCUCGGUCCCAGCUCCUGCCAACCUAGCAGUUCGAAAGCACAUCAAAAUGCAAGUAGAUAAAUAGGAACCGCUACAGUGGGAAGGCUGCUCUGGCUCGUCAGAAGCGGCUUUGUCAUGCUGGCCACAUGACCUGGAAGCUAUACGCCGGCUCCCUCGGCCAAUAAUGCGAGAUGAGCGCCACAACCCCAGAGUCGGUCACGACUGGACCUAAUGGUCAGGGGUCCCUUUACCUUUAAGUCCCAUAGAGUUAGUGCUUAUUAGACUCCACGGCAGCCUGGAGAGCAUGAGAAAAGGGGCUCAUCUAAGAGUAGCAUAUCAUUCUUACAGCGGCCAACCAGGUGUCCUCUAGAUGUUGUCGAGCUUCACUGGCUGAAACUGAUGGGAAUUGCAGUCCAAAACAUCUGGAAAGGACCACGUUGGGGGAGGCUGGCUUAACAAAGUCAAAGAAACAAACGGAAGGCGGCCAGUUAUUCAAAUACUGCAUCUGGUUUGUGCUGGAUUCUUUAUCUAUGCUCUACCCCAAACCAAUAAAAUAAAACAGCCCCUCUCUCUUAUACCGUCUCUAUGAUCCUCCCGUCUCUAUGAUCCGCCGUCGCGGCGCAACAACAGCAACCUGAAAGCGCUUCUUCAACCAGAGCGUCGACCGGCUGGCGAGAGCGCAUGUCCGGAAGCGUUCGAAGGUGACGGGAGCCGUUGGAGAACCGGCUUUCCGCUGCCAUGGCGGGCGAGCUGGAGCGCUGGGUGUCCGGGCAGCUUCACUCUCUGCUGGGGCUGAGCGAACGCCAUGUGGUCGCAUUCAUGGUGGGCCUGGCUCACCGGAGCCGAACCCCGGAGGACCUGCUCGCGCGCCUGGAGGAGACGGAGACGCUGCGCGCCGCGGAUCCUUCGGCGCGAGCCUUCGCGCAACAGCUGUGGGAGCGGGUUCCGCACCAGGCCCCACGGGAACGUCCAGCUAGGUUGGCUGAACAGGAAGCCUUGGCCUUUCAGCAGAAGAACCGCUCAUACACCCUGCUGGAGGACAGUGAUGAUGAAGAGACUGGCGAGGCGGCUCGGGGCUCCAAGCGUCAGCGCCCUCCGCGAGGCCUUGAGGGCAAGCAGCGGAAGCGGCAUAAACACCUGAGGCAGCGCAAGGAGGAAGAGGAAGACGACAAGGACUCUGAUGAGAAGGGCAGCCGAGAUGAUGGGGGAAAGAAGUCAGCGGUAUCCCCCACAAUUAAGGAGGAUUCAGAGGAUGAGUGGGACCGGAGUGAGCGAGAGCGACUGCAGGACCUGGAGGAGCGGGACGCUUUUGCUGAACGUGUCAAACGCAAGGACAAGGAUAAGACACGCAACAUUCUGGAGCGUUCAGACAAGAAGGCCUAUGAAGAGGCUCAGAAGCGUCUGAAGAUUGCAGAAGAAGAUAAGAAAGUUAUGGUUCCAGAGCUGCGUAAGAAGUCCCGCCGAGAGUAUUUGGCGAAACGCGAAAAGGACAAGAUAGAAGACUUGGAGGCAGAGAUAGCCGAUGAGGAAUACCUCUUCUCUGAGCUCAACCUAACUGUCCAAGAACAGCAGGAGCUGGAAUACAAACGUGAAGUUCGUGACUUGGCAAAACGGUACAAGCAAGCUGGAGAACAGGAGAAGUUGGAGAAGAGCAAUCGCUACUAUAUGCCUGAGGAGAGUCGCAGUAAGAAGAUACCUGAUCGCUAUGAAGAUCCCCAAACAGAGGAUCAUAUGGCCCCGCGAGAUGAGCAGCGGCGCUGGGAGGAGGACCACAUUGGAGCAGCUUCCCUCCGUUUUGGGGCCCGGGAUGCCAGUCAGCACCAUCCUCACAAAGACUAUGAAUAUGUGCUUGAAGAGGAUGAGAUGAUCCAGUUUGUGAACGCCGUGCAGAUGCGGGGCACAAAUCAGGGCAAGUCCGUGGAGGAGAAUCCAGAGCUGUCUGAAGCUGAGCGCAAGAAGCUUUCCAUCCAGGAGGUGCGCCGUAGCCUGCCCAUCUUUCCUUACCGUGCGGACCUGUUGGCCGCCAUUGCCGAACAUCAGACGCUCAUCAUUGAAGGAGAGACUGGCUCUGGCAAGACCACUCAGAUCCCACAAUACUUGUUUGAAGAGGGCUACACAGAGAAAGGAAUGAAGAUCGGUUGCACCCAGCCCAGGCGAGUGGCGGCUAUGAGUGUUGCUGCCCGUGUUUCCCAGGAAAUGGGUGUCAAACUUGGAAAUGAAGUGGGCUAUAGCAUUCGUUUUGAGGACUGCACCUCAGAGCGGACGGUGCUGAAGUACAUGACAGAUGGGAUGCUGCUGAGAGAAUUCCUCACUGAGCCUGACCUGAGCAGCUACAGUGUCGUCAUCAUAGAUGAGGCUCACGAGCGCACGCUGCACACAGACAUCCUAUUUGGGCUGAUCAAGGACAUUGCUCGCUUCCGGCCUGAGCUGAAGGUGCUGAUUGCCAGCGCCACCCUGGAUACGGAGCGCUUUUCCACCUUCUUUGACGAUGCUCCCAUCUUCCGCAUUCCUGGGCGCCGCUUCCCUGUUGACAUCUUCUACACCAAGGCUCCAGAGGCUGAUUACCUGGAAGCCUGUGUGGUAUCAGUACUGCAGAUCCAUGUUACACAGCCUCGAGGGGACAUCCUUGUAUUCCUCACUGGCCAAGAAGAAAUUGAGGCAUGCUGUGAGAUGUUGCAAGAUCGCUGCCGUCGCCUGGGUUCCAAGAUUGCAGAACUUCUGGUCCUCCCCAUCUAUGCUAACCUGCCCUCUGACAUGCAGGCCAAGAUCUUUGAGCCAACCCCACCAGGGGCCAGGAAGGUUGUUGUCGCCACCAACAUUGCGGAGACAUCUCUGACCAUAGACGGCAUCAUAUAUGUGAUUGACCCUGGUUUUUGCAAGCAGAAGAGCUACAACGCUCGCACAGGCAUGGAGUCGCUCAUUGUCACUCCGUGCUCUCGGGCUUCUGCCAACCAGCGAGCAGGACGGGCUGGCCGUGUUGCUGCAGGGAAGUGCUUCCGUCUCUACACAGCCUGGGCCUACAAGAAUGAGAUGGAGGAGACGACAGUGCCAGAAAUUCAAAGGACCAACCUGGGCAAUGUGGUGCUGCUGCUCAAAAGCCUGGGCAUCAACGACCUGAUCCACUUUGACUUCAUGGACCCACCGCCCCAUGAAACUCUAGUAUUGGCACUGGAGCAACUCUAUGCCCUGGGAGCCCUCAAUCAUCUUGGCGAGCUCACCAAGCUGGGCCGGAAGAUGGCAGAGCUUCCUGUGGAUCCCAUGCUGUCCAAGAUGAUCCUGGCUUCAGAACAGUACAAGUGCUCAGAGCAGAUCCUUACCAUCGCUGCCAUGCUUUCAGUCAACAAUGCCAUUUUUUACCGGCCCAAGGACAAAGUGGUCCAUGCUGAUAAUGCCCGCAUGAACUUCUUCCUGCCUGGUGGGGACCACCUGGUUCUUCUCAAUGUUUAUAAUCAGUGGGUGGAGUGUGGUUACUCCAUGCAAUGGUGCUAUGAGAACUUCAUCCAGUUCCGCUCCAUGAGACGAGCCCGGGACGUGCGAGAACAGCUGGAAGGGUUGAUGGAGCGCAUUGAAGUGGACAUCACUUCCAGCGAGGGAGACUACAUCCCAGUCCGCAAGGUCAUAGAGAUUGACAGCACGUGGCUGUUGGAGGUGGCCCCGCAUUACUACAAAGCCAAAGAGUUGGAGGAUGCUUCCAACAAAAAGCUACCCAAGAAAGUGGGGAAGACUCGGGAGGAGCUGGGAUAGGCUUCUCCCUUAUCUGCUUCUUCCCACCAACCCUGGGACACUUAUUUGUACAGCUGUAUAGUUUUGAUGUAAUUUCAAGGCAUUGAAUAAAACCUUUUUUUUUCU